AAUGCGUGCUGCGAGUAUCAACAGAGCAAUAUGAGGUAGUUCGGAUGAUGGUGAGCGGAGUGGCGAAUCAUAUGGUGAACAGGUAUUCGUAAGAUGUUGGCUGAGCGCAGCGAAGUACCCAUAGGCCGUUGAUAGGAAGAUGUUGACCAGGUCUGCGUAUGGUCAUCAAUAUGCUUCGAAAAUAUAAAGAAGCUGAGGUCCUCGCCUUUCGUCACUCUAUGCAGUCUCUUGAACACCAAGUGCAUUGCUAUACCACAAGAUUACUGUUAAUUAGAGUUUUCCCACGAUUUUCGCUUUUUUUUAGUAUCCAUCAUGUCUAUUCUACAGGUCCCCCCUGAGCCACCGACCGAGCUCGGUCGAUAUCGUAUCCUCUGCCCAUCUGCGGGCGUUCGAGUGUCACCUCUCUGCCUCGGUGCCAUGUCAAUCGGGAGUGCCUGGUCUGAGUUCAUGGGGAGCAUGAAUAAAGAACAGUCCUUCGAGCUACUUGAUGCGUUCUUCGAAAAGGGGGGUAACUUCAUUGAUACGGCAAACAUCUAUCAAGAUGAAGAAUCUGAGCGCUGGCUCGGAGAGUGGAUGGUGUCUCGUAAGAACCGAGACAGAAUCGUCAUGGCUACCAAGUACACCAGCGACUACCAGUCACACAAGUAUGGCAAAGGGAAGGUAGUCAACGCCAGUGGCAGCCACAAGAAGAACUUGCAUGUGUCCCUGCGGCACUCGCUUGAAAAGCUACAGACUGACUACAUCGACAUCUUGUAUGUACACUGGUGGGACUGGACAACAUCAAUCGAAGAGAUCAUGGACGCCCUCCACAUUAUGGUACAGCAAGGCAAGGUCUUGUACCUCGGCAUUUCUGAUAGCCCCGCGUGGGUUGUCAGUGCCGCCAACACUUACGCUCGGGCGCACGGCAAAACUCCUUUCUCCAUCUACCAAGGCCGUUGGAACGCCAUCGUUCGCGAUCUCGAGCGUGAGAUCAUUCCCAUGGCGAGGCACUUCGGCAUGGCUCUGGCGCCUUGGGACACCCUCGGCCAAGGCAAGUUCAAGACCCCGAAGGAGGUCGAAGAGAGAAAGAAGAGUGGCGAAACGCUCCGCUCUCUUUAUAGGCCAGACCAAACUGAAGACGAGAUCAAAAUCAGCGAGGCCCUCGCCAAGGUCGCUGCGGAACACGGUAUCGAAUCCAUCACGGCAAUUGCUCUGGCAUAUAUCUUCUACAAAUACCCAUAUGUGUAUCCGAUAGUGGGGGGACGUAAAAUCAGUCAUCUCGAGGAUAACAUCCAGUCACUCAGCAUUAAGUUGACUGAGAAGCAGGUCGAGUACCUGGAGUCUGUCACCUCUUUUGACCCCGGGUUCCCGCAGACUAUGAUCGGCCCGGAAGUAGGAGAGACGGGCAAGCUCAUGCCGCACUUCACUGGAGCUGGCCACGUUGCCAUUGUUCGAAAUGCCCAAUCUCUUCAUCGUGCUUAGAGGACACAGUUAUGUAUAGCUUGCAGGCAUACCGUGGAAUUUUGGGAUGGAGACAGUGGUCCAUGUAGGAUAACCUAGGAGAUAUAUCGCGACGAACGUUUCGCGCGAUGACUAUUCGCCGUUAUCCCUAGAUGUAUUGAUAUAGAUCAGGAGCUAGGACAAUAAGAUAUAUAUUUUCAGAGUCUGCCUUCAAUAUACGAUAAACUACUUAGCAACAUGUGAAUAGCGGUGUCCGAAGGACCAGCCUCUCUUCGAGCAGCAUGCAUAUGUAGUUAGAGCCGGUGGCCGUGUUCCUGGCUUGACGAGGUUUCUUUAUUCGUAGCUAUUCGUGUUGUGUUAAGUCC